UUCGCUCUGUUAUUGUGCAGAGUGUGUGUUGCGCGGUGCUUUCAGUGCUUUCCUUGCGUUUUUCUUCAAGUUUUCACUCAAAAAUUUGGCGCAUUUUUCUCGCAAUCAUUGAAUUUCCCAUCGGACUGAAUUGGCGCUCGACGGCGAAGUCGCAACUGCUAGUAGAUCGCGAAAAUGCAUCAAGAUUACACGAAAAUAUGUCGCGUGUGUAUGUCGGACGGGUCGCGAGAUAUUUUUCACAAGCCGCCAGUGGGCUCGGAAGGGACGGUGACGAGCGCGGGAAAGAGCGUGAGCCCGCUCGAGAGACUCCUCGAAAAGCUGCGAUAUGUCACAAUGAUGAAGAUUGAAGAAAAUGAUGACCUACCUCGACUAUUAUGUGAUUUAUGCAUAGUACAGCUCAACGUUGCAUAUAACUUCAAAAGGCAAGCAGUUGAAAAUGACACGAAACUUCGUCAAUACUUCAUCGAAAAUGGAAUAACUUCUAAUCAGGCAAUCAUCAUAAACGAAGCACCAAGCCUGCGGAGCUCAUUCACAGCAUCAAAUAUUUCACAAGCACAACCUCAUUCACGUUUCCCAAUAGUGCCCUUAAUCGUAAAAACAGAACCGAGCGAUGUUGAUGCAUUCUCGGACAUUACAACUGAAACGAAUGUCGACCUGGAACGCACUCGCUUUCAAUCAGUUGCUUCAAAUACAAUAAAUAGUUCUCCAGAGGAGGCCACACGUCGUACAAAUAAUUCAGUGUAUUCAAACGACAGGAGUCAAUCGUCAAUGGUGUAUGUGAACAGCGGUUACGAGUUCAACAGUGUAACGCCUUCCAGUGACAUUGAGUUCGUUCAGAAUUAUCAACUGAAUACAAAUAAUAACCGAGACCAUAACAAUACUCAAAGACAAUCGAGCGCUUCGAAAACGAAUGCCAAUAGUGAGAGCAAUCCAAAACGAUCACCAUCUGUUAGGAAUCACAGUCCUUCAAGCUCCCUAAUGAAUAGUAGCGAAAGGAAAAAAGUGGCCAGGAGAAACCGAAUAGCGGGUCGGAAGAGAGAAAUUGCUAAUUUGACUAUAAAUAUGGUCCCUGAAACAAUCUCAACGACCGCCACUAAGGAGCAUCGUCGAACAUCGGGCAAAACAACGAGAGUCCGCCCAAAAGAUGAUAAAAAUCCAAGCUCGCCAUCUGCCAAUUCUACCUUAUCGUCUCCACAAACCCCUUCUGACAAAGUCAAAACGACCGAUAGUCCAGUUCCCAUCAAACGUCCUGCACCAUCCAAUAUCACAUUGCAACCUGCGGCGAAAAAACCGCACACGGAACCUCGCAUCAAGCCCACAACCCCAACAACAAUGCCUAAUAACAUUUCAAGCCCAAAUAAGACUCCACAAAAAGUGAUUGUUAUUAACCCUUUCAAUACAACAAAACGAGGUCCUAAACUGAAAGUUAACAAGAAACCCGAGAAUGGGAACAGAAAAAGAUCCCAAGAGAAAUUACUUCGACCAAAAAUCGAACCACCUGCGACUAAGAAAAACUGAUACAUGGAAUACAAUCUGAUUUGCGUGGUUACUUCAAAGAUUCAUCAACCCAUCCCUCGCUAGACGAAGCGGGUGAAUGCAUUGUUUGAUAGACAGGGCUCUUGGAACUCAGAUGCCACUUACAACAAAUUGCAUGGCGAUAUCAGGAUAAGAAGCCGCAAGUACACGUAUAUAUACAGAAACUGAAUUUAGAUUAUUGUUGCAUUAAAUCCUUGUUGGUAGUAUCUCAAUUUAAUUGGACAGUUGUUUAUUGGAACCGCGCCUUGUUAACUUGAAACCUUCAAAUCGAUUUGAAAGCUAAGCCCUUAUCUCGAUAUACUCAUUUAAGACUUCUAUUCAGGUUGCUCCUCCAGUCUGCAAACCGAUAUUCAGCAUUAAUAGCAAUCAGAGGAUGUUUCGCUGGUUUUUGGAAAGUUCAAGUUUUGGAGUCCAAGAGAAAUAAUAUUGCGUUGCCCAUGAAAUUUAGUGAUGUUCCAAUCUAAACAAUGCAAUAAAAUCCGCCUUAGGUUCUAACAUAUUAGAUCACCCGAAAUAUCAUAUUUGCUAGAAUUGUUUACGAAAGUGUUGCAUCGCACUCCUGUUAAUUAACUGUAGAAUACGCGAAAAAUGAAGAUAGACUCACCUAUUUUUGUAAGCAUUGUACUUUAUCCCGUUGAAAUUCGGUCUUUAUUCGACUAUAUCGAGUGUUAAUUACAAAUCAAAGGUUUACACAAACAUGUACAUCUAUUCUGUAGUUUAUUUAUUUAUUACGAUAACCAGUAAUCAGUAUGUGUUGUAGCAUCGAACACUGUGAAGAAUUUAUUGAUAAAAGAAGUAGGUCUAGGAUUAGAGUUGUAUAUUCGAGGCGUUUCACGAAUUAAUCGUAUCUGAUUAUACAAAGUUUUAUGGAUUUUUGACACAAAGGUGGUUGAGCGAUUCAACCAUUUUAGAACGUGCUAUACCAAUAUUUUUGACAUAUUUUACUGAUGUUUUAGUUUGUACGUGAACAAGCAAUUUGAAAGGCUACAUAAACAUAAUAUAAUGUAUAGAAAUGAUUUUGAAGUAAUUUGAAUUUUGUAGUGAAGUAAUUCGUAAUAUUGCAAUUACUAUUUUAAUUUAAUAUGCAAUAAGAAAUAUAUUGACAAAACUA